AUGUCAAGUCCAUACCCUCCACCCCCUUCCAUCACGGCCAAUAAUGCUGCCUCCGGAACCCUCCUUUCUACCCUUUCUUUCAAUCCCUUGUUCAGAAACCACAAGUCCAAGGCUUCAAAAAUUGCAAAACCAAGCCAAUACUACAACGUUUCAAGAGUACAACUACUUUCAUGCAAAGCCACAAAGGGUGGUGCUACUGACCCAGAAAACCAUCCAAUAGGAAACAAAGACAAAGACAAAGACAGCAAAGAAGCCAUUAACCUUGAAAUGUUUGAUAGAAGAAACAUCCUCAUUGGUCUAGGAGGCCUUUAUGGUGCAGCAGCAGCUACCCUUAGCAAUGAUUCAUUGUCCCUUGCGGCUCCUCUCUCUUCUCCUGAGAUAACAAAGUGUGGUCCUCCUGACCUACCCUCCGGAGCCAAACCAACCAAUUGUUGUCCCCCAAUUUCCUCAAACAUCAUAGAUUUCACUUUUCCAAUGAAUCCCAAAGUUAAGGUUAGACCCGCUGCUCAUUUGGUGGAUGCUACUUAUCUACAAAAUUACCAAGAAGCCAUUCGUCGCAUGAAGGCUCUCCCUGCUGACGAUCCACGAAACUUCACACAACAAGCUAACAUCCAUUGUGCUUAUUGCGAUGGUGCAUAUCACCAAGUUGGGUUUCCUGACCUUGACUUUCAAGUUCACAAUUCAUGGAUCUUCUUCCCUUUCCACCGUUGGUACCUUUAUUUCCAUGAGAAAAUCUUGGGGAGCUUGAUCAAAGACCUUGACCCAAAUUUUGCUCUCCCAUAUUGGAAUUGGGAUUCACCCAAUGGCAUGCCAAUCCCUUCCAUGUACGCAGAUCCUAACUCACCACUUUAUGACUCUCUCCGAAGCGCGAAUCAUCAACCUCCUACACUUGUUGACCUUAACUAUAAUGGCAGCGAAGACCAGAACACCCCUGAAGAACAAGCAUCAGCAAAUCUCAACUCAAUGUAUAGACAACUAGUGUCAAAUUCAAAGACUCCUUCACUCUUCUUUGGAAGUGCUUAUCGUGCUGGAGAAGAUAGUGAUCCGGGUGCUGGCUCUGUGGAGAACAUUCCUCAUGGUCCUGUUCAUGUAUGGACUGGUGAUAAUACCCAACCUAAUGCAGAGGACAUGGGGAGUCUCUAUUCUGCAGCUAGAGACCCUAUUUUCUUUGCUCACCAUUGUAACGUGGAUAGAAUGUGGACCAUAUGGAAAACUUUAGGUGGAAAAAGAAAUGAUAUUGCGGACCCUGAUUGGUUAGAAUCUGGGUUUAUUUUCUAUGAUGAGAAUAAGAACCUUGUUCGAGUGAAGGUGAAGGAUUGUCUUGAUACUACAAAGCUUGGUUAUGUUUAUCAAAAUGUUGAUAUUCCAUGGUUACAAGCUAAGCCUUCACCGAGUAAAGGUAGGAUUAGAAGAGCGCUUGCAAAGACUUUUGGUGUUGGUGCAGCACAUGCAGGUGAGACUUCAAAAGAAACCAAAUUUCCCGUGGUUUUGGAUUCAACUGUGAGUGCUGUUGUGAAGAGGCAGAGGAAGAGCAGGAGCAAGGAGGAAAAGGAUGAAGAAGAGGAGGUGUUAGUGAUAGAAGGGAUUGAGUUUGAGAGAGAUUUGGGUGUGAAGUUUGAUGUAUAUAUUAAUGAAGAAAAUGACGUGCCUGGUGGGCCAACUAAAACUGAGUUUGCAGGAAGCUUUGUGAGUGUGCCCCAUAAGCACAAGCAUAAACAGACCAAGAUGAACACUAACUUGAGGCUUGGGAUAACAGAGUUGUUGGAAGAUUUGGGUGCUGAAGAUGAUGACCAUUUGUUGGUGACUUUGGUACCCAAGAUCGGGAAAGGGCAUGUCACCGUUGGAGGUAUCAAGAUAGAGUUUCACAAGUGA